AAGCUGAGCAAUCCUCAUCAACUAUUUAGCAACAAUGACCACUGCAGACUGGAACCUUGGAUUCUUACCAUUAAAACCAAGUAUGGACACCAGGGUGCUUAUUUGCCUCCUCUUCUCAGGUGUAUGCUUCACCAGCGCUGGACUCAAUAAAUACGUUUUAGUUGAAGAGGAUAAGACCUGGUAUGAGGCUCAGGAGUACUGCAGGAGCAGAAUUGGUGACCUGGCCACUGUCACAAACAUGGAGGACCUAAACUUGCUGUCAAAUAUGACAGCAGGUGCAGAGUCAUGGAUAGGAUUGAAUGAUUUCAACAGGAAGACCAUGGACUUGUACCCAAACUCGUGGAGAUGGUCCAACCAGACUAGGAGCCGGUCAGGUUAUAUGAAUUUUGUAUCUGAUCAGCCUGACUAUUGGUUAGGCAAAGAGGAAUGUGUGACGACUGGGACUAAUGGUACCUGGAAUGAUGACAGGUGUUCUACUUUGUAUCCCUUUGUUUGUUUUUCUGGAUCAUCAAAUAAUAAAGCCUACCAUCUUAUCGAGCAGACGCUGUCAUGGGAGUCAGCUAAGAGUUACUGCCGUACUAAUUACAUUGACCUCGCCAUGAUAGAGAAUGAAGAAGAGAACCAAAAGGUUUUGUCCAUUAUCACUACCUAUGUUUGGAUCGGUCUUUACAGAGUUCCCUGGACGUUUUCCGAUGGGACCAACAGCUCCUUCAGACACUGGUGGAGCUAUGAGCCCAAUAAUGUUAACAAUAAUCAGUUAUGUGUCGGGCUGUAUGACGGUGGAUUUAGCGACAUGGAAUGCACUACAACGUUCCCAUUUAUCUGCUCAGUAGGUCAGAAAUACAGCAGAAUAAAGAUAAUGAUUGAGUCUAACUUGGACCUGACAAACCAAAACACUAAGGAUAACAUCCUUCUACAACUGUCUGCAUCUCUGACCAGAGCCGGGAGGACUGACUUCAACCUGAGCUGGAGCGCUCCACCAGAAAAACUAGAUCCAGCAGGCUUGAAUGAUGACAACCAAUGAUGAGCCAGUGGUUAAGUGGAUCCACCCCCUAUAUUUAGGCACCUGUACACACAAUUGUAAUUUGACCAUCAAUUCAGGAAGCACCCAUCAUGUAUGUCUGGCUGUGAUGGAGAGAAACCCAUGGUCAAGUUGCAAGUAUGUUUUUUUUCACAAUCAACUUUUUUUUCUUGUCAAAGUAAGUUUUUAAUAUAGCAGUUAUAAUGACAGCUAUGUCAAAGCAAUUUUAUCCAUGCGUACAAAUAUAUAUUAUAAAUGUUGGUGAUUUGCCAAGGUAUAAAGCCAUGGGAAUAAUUUAGCUAAAGAUUGGCCUGAAUUGUUAAAACUAGGCAGUUUCCAAAAUUGUGGGUGUGGGACAACGUAAGCCACAUGCUGUGGGCAAAGUUGAGUCGUUCAACUUACCCCACCACAAUGCACUGAAGUUAAGUUACGUCUCUAAAGUAUAAAGCGGUAAUCUAAUGUAGUAUCACACAACUGACUUGGUUUUUCAUAUUUAAAAAUGGUAGAAAUUAUGCCAAGAAAGAGAGAAAGGAGCUGGAGAGAGCAGCGCAUAUUAUGAAACAUAUUGUUUAAUAUAGGAGGAGUUGAAGUUAAGAUAAAAGAGGAUGUUUUCUUGCUGUAUGUCAGGUGUUCAAUGUACCAGUUCCAUUUAUCGUCAUUUGUUGAACCUUUAGUAGACCUUACCUUGUUGAAUUCUUUUCUUGUUUGUGCUCAUGAUUUAAGAGUUUAUUCCUUACGUUAAAACAAGUAAUACUUUACUAUAAGAACAAUGUGUGUUGAAGAUCUGAAGACAUGGCCCAUCGCAAGAUCAUCUCCAAUGUUAAACUUAGAGUAGUUAUAUCAAUAUAUAUUGUCUCUGUUAUAUAUAGUAUAUAUUUAAAGUAUAUGCAUAUAACAAAUAAAUGUGAAACACCCACAUG